GACCUUCGGACUUCGUCGCUGUCGGCGCAGAUGGCACAUUGACAUCAUCGUGCACCCCAGACAUGCUCCGAAAAUCUGCACUGAGGAUUCAGGUGAGAAGCUUUCCAGCUCGCUCUCCUCGGCUGGUUGAGAAUUUGAUUUCUCCGGAGAAUGGUCUCGAUGGAUGUAGAAUGCAUCGGAAUGCCUGAUGCAAGAUAGUGCUUCGACGACAAAAGCUUGGAGUGCAAAUCCGAGCGUAGCCAUGAGUAGCCAAGCGAGUCGAACUAUCUUCGUCGGAAACAUACCUGCGGGGGUCAGCAACUCGGAGAUCUCAAAGGAGUUCAGCAAGUACGGUCCCAUCGUAAACAUCAAAAGGAAGAAAUCAGCGAAGGAGUCAAGAGGCCAGAAACCAAGAAUCAUCGAGUUCGAAGACGCUAGCCAUGCUGAAGCUGCAGUUCUCGGUCAUGACAAUUACGACUUCGACGGUAAAGGCUCUUUCCUUCGAGUGUAUCUGACCGACGAUGGCUCCAACGUCGCAGCUGAGGACAGCAGCCAGGGCCCCUGCGAAAGGAAAAACAAAAAAGCUCAGAAGGAAAAGCAGAGAGGCUGGCGCAGGGGUCGGGUGAUGGUGCAGGUGCAGACGACGUAAGUGCCGCUGCUUAUGAACAUUCUCGUCUCAUAGUAACCUCAACUCCCUCUGACGAGUCGACUCGGGUCAAUUUGCCCACUUCUGGCCUUGAUCUCGACGCCAGUUCACGAGAAGUCGUGCAGUCUGUUUGGAAGUGGAUGCCAUGUAGCUUUACAUUCAGUGAUCAUCUCCUCUGCGACUGAUCCCCUGUAGCUUAGAUGGACAACGGCGUUGAUUUUAUUUGCGUAGGCUGCAAUCCAGGAAAUCCCCCGAGCGUGUCCGAAUCAAUUUAUCAAUUAUAAUCCAUAUCGAUGUGAAGUCUUUCUUGAGUACACUGG